CAAGUGGAUCAUCAAAUGUUACGCGUCAAUCAUUAAUUACACUCCCCGAGGUUAGUGAUGCGGAUCUUUCAGUUUCUUCUAUUAGUGGAUUUAGCGGAGGAUUUGAUGCCGGAUUUGAAAUGAAUGAUGAUUUACUUAUGAUGGAUGAUAGUGGAAUUGACUUUGAUGAAGAAGGUGGUCUACACGAAUUUGAACUUCGAUCUGAUGGGCAGAAUGAAACUCAACGACAAAAUGGUCAUGAUCCUUUAAAUCCGGAUAUGAAUGAAAUCAUGAAAAGGGUUAGAGAAGAACAUGACGCUGGCCUUCAAGGAAAUCAAAAGGAAAAGAGACGAAUACGUCAAAAGGAACCUGCUCCAGAAGGACAAGAAGAUGAACAAAUUGCGGACGUUCAAAUGGAUAUAGAGAGAGAAGAUACUGAAAUGACUAAUGAACAAAUAAUUGCUAUGCGAGAUGGUGUUGUAAAUGAUUUAGAAGAGGGUGAAAGAAUUGCAAAAGACAAAGCAAAGAUGCAAGAAUAUAAAGGUCUAUGGAAACAGGCUCUUUAUACACCAGGCCUACCACGCAAGGCCCAACAACUAUCAACAUUUUGGAGUGCGCAUUGUGCACCAAUGCUUCAAGACGAUAUUGUUAAGCAAAGGAGAGCUCAACCUGUAUUUAUACCUCAACAUGAUUUUAAUGAUUUGUAUGCUGACGUUGAGGACAUCGGCAUUGGUGGUUCACGCCAGCAUGAAAGGGAUAGCAGCUUACAAGAUAUUGAGCUUGAACGCUUAAGAAAAGCUGGUAGUCAAAGCAAUUCAGCAAUUACAGGAUUAAACAGUACUGGCACAGAAGUUCCAGAUCUGUUAGGUAAAUCAAAUUUUGAUGGCGCUUCAUCAGUAGAAAAUUUAAGUAGAGAUAUUUUGGAAUUUUCGGGACAACUUGGAAGGUAA